AUGUCGGGGACGAGGAUGCCGACGUGGAAGGAGAGGGAGAACAACAAGAGGAGAGAAAGGAGGAGGAGAGCGAUCUCGGCGAAGAUAUUCGCCGGCCUGAGGAUGUAUGGGAAUUACAAGCUCCCUAAGCACUGUGAUAACAACGAGGUCCUCAAAGCCCUCGCCGACGAGGCUGGAUGGACCGUCGAGACCGACGGCACCACCUAUCGUAAGGGAUGUAAGCCUCUAGACCGGGCACAGAUUGGUGGGUCUGCUUCAGCGAGCCCAGGCUCGUCUUACCAACCGAGCCCGUAUACUUCAUAUAACCAAAGCCCACCUUCCUCCUCAAUCGCGAGCCCAACCUCAUCUCCUUUUGCAGUGAACCCGCAUCCUGAUUCUCUCAUUCCAUGGCUCAAGAAUCUCUCAUCUUCAUCCUCUUCCAACUCUUCCAAGCUUCCCCAUGUUUACAUUCACAAUGGCUCCAUAAGUGCACCAGUGACCCCACCUACAAGCUCCCCAUCUGCUCAAUCCCCUCCUCGAAUCAAAACUGACUCUGCUUGGGGCGCGCCUCACUUCUCAUAUCUCCCUUCCUCAACUCCACCUAGCCCUGCCCGCCAAACCCUUCCUAACUACGAAUGGUUCUCUGGCAUUCAGGUCCCACAAAGUGGACCCACGUCUCCAACAUUUAGCCUUGUGGCAGCGAACCCGUUUGGGUUCAGGGAAGCGGGUGUGGGUCAUGGUGGAUCACGGAUGUGGACUCCUGGGCAAAGCGGUACUUGCUCUCCUGCGAUUCCUCAAGGGUUUGAUAACAACGCCGAUAUUCCAAUGAGUGAAGUUGUUUCAGAUGAAUUUGCAUUCGGAAGAGUGAAGCCAUGGCAAGGAGAGAGGAUUCAUGAGGAGUGCGGGUCGGAUGAACUAGAGCUUACACUCGGGAGUUCAAAGACCAGAUAAAAAAGAGAGCUUCCAACAUAUACAUAUCCAUAUUGCAUGGGCAUGGGUGCAUAAGGUAUGUUAUGUGUGAAUUUGAUUGUAAUUCAUAGUCUUUAUUUGGCAAUGAAUGCAUAAUUUGGUUUUUGGCUUUUUGUUUGUUGUUGUGCAAAAUCAUUAGAAUUGGGUUGUG